CCCCUCCACUCCUUCCCCUCCCCUCACUGGGAGAAUGCCCGUGUUGUACUGACAGAAACGCUACGGGCUCAUCAGACAUGGAGGCCCGAUUAACGGGCAGAGGCCCAUUCUCACGCCUUUAAAGACGCAGGUUCCUGGACAGCAGAAAGCCUGGGGACAUUCCGGAAAUAUUACGGUUUGAAGGUGACUAGGGCUGGGCGGCCACGAAAGGACGACAUUGCUUCAACCCAACAACUGUUCUAAUAUCCCUACCCAUAUUCCCCCUCCAGCUGGAUUUUUUCACCCUCAGUUCUGUACUGCUUGUGAGCAGACCCUGCUCAGCCCUUCUCGGUUUCUCCUAUCAUCAAUGGAUCAGAGGACACAAGGAGGGCCCACCACACCACCUCCUCUCCCUACAAAUGCCCUACAAGUCGAGUGUGAGAAGGAAGGAGGAGGUGGUAAGAAAGACGAUGACGACGAUAAAAGGAAGCGCGAGAAGGAACGAGAUGCAGCGCCGGCUGUUCCCUGCAGCUCUGAGAAUGGCGAGCAGCAGCAGCAGCAGUCGGCACAAUUCUCUGUCAAAGAGACCAGCUACUCAGAGGGCAGUGUCAAGCUUAAGAUAGGCCUCCAGGCUAAACGAAUGAAAAAGCCCCCUAAGAUCCUAGAGAACUAUGUAUGCCGGCCCGCGUUCAGAGCAACGGUUAGACAUGGAAGCCGAGGUGGUGGACGAGGCAAUCGUCGAGUGGGACCCUCUGAUGGCAGUGGAAACACCCCUAGUAUGCAACAUGUUAAAGAAGCAGAAAAGGACCCCACUGUCAAUACAGGAGUGCCUCAGAUAUCGGGCGUUCCAACGAAUACUGCACCACCACCGUCUUUUCCUACUACCACUUCCACCAACCCUGAAUCCCCUAUGAAUGGGAAUACCCCAGCUAAAAGAGGUCCCCCAAAGCUGGCAUGCAAGUCAGAAGGAAAGGCAGAUGUAAAAUCCCUUGCAUCUGCAGAAAAACCCCUUAACAGUCACUGCCCUGUAUCAGACAGCAAAUUACACUCCUCUGGGAAAAAGAGCCUGUUACCCCAAACUAUUACACCAGCUCCUUCACUACUAACUCCUUCCCACAGCACGUCUCCACAUGACUUAAAAAUGGAUGGAGUUACAAAACUGCCUCAGUACACUUAUACAGACAGCCCGAGGGAGCAAGAAAGAGGAGCUUCAAACUGGGGUACUCCGACGGUCACUGAGAAGCUUGCACAGCUUAUAGCCACCUGCCCACCUACUAAGUGUCCUAAACCCAAAAUCCGGAAAGUAACCCCAGCUCCAGCACAUAGCAGCUCGCCUCCCCUGAUUUCUAAUUUACAGCGGCCUGAGCGGGCCAUGGCCAACAGGAACACAUAUUCCAGAGUAACCCAUCUUGUCCCUCCUCCACCUGUGUCACGACCCCCAGGUCGUCCAUACGGCUCAAGAAACAAAGACAGCAUCCUGGAGAAGUUAUCUGGCUUACCUAGGAAAGAGGAACCUAGUGGACUUUCAAAGGAAAUGACAAGUAGCAACAGCAUUCCUGCAGUGUCUUAUAACAACAAUCGCUUAACAACCAAUAAUGAUUGCAACAAUGAUGAUAAUAGCAAUGGAAUAAAAUCGCAGUCUCGCCUUGGGCCCCAUUCCAUGCCAUCUCUUUUCUCUUCUUCCUUAGAGAGAAUAGGCAGUGGAAUUAGCCACCAGGUGAUUCCUUCCUCAGUUGGAUCAAGGAUCGUUGCAAGCCCCUCACAAACAGAGGACCCGGUUGACCGAGAGAAAGAAAGGGACAAGGAUAUUUUUUGUCUCAGAGAAAUAAGUAAAGCCUCUUCCCCUGCGGUGUCAGGGAAACAGGACACUAAAGAGAAGUGCCCCUUCACUGUACCUCGAGGAGAGAGGGGGAAAAGCUUAAGUCCACCUAAAAGAAGUCCUGCACAAGAAAGUCAUGCUGGUGGAGAACACAGUAUUCUCGAGUCCACUAAACGUGCUGCUUCUCCUUCUACCCCGUUCGGUACUAGCAGCAGCCUCUCUCCGCUUUGUGAUGACCAUGACCCUGAAUCCCCUGGAUCACCAGCAGAACAGGAGUCUAAACCUCUGAAAAAGCGGCGGGGUCGAAGACCUCGGUGGACUAAGGCAGUCAGUCGCACGCAAAAAAUGUUAGAAGAUGCUCCUCCUUGUCAAACCAAAGCCACCACUCUGCCUACAGACCUUUCAUCCCCCCCACCUAUUCGUCGGCCCGUUGGAAGGCCACCCAAUGCUAAUCGUGUGCUCCCUGUUGUCUCUGAACUUUAUUUGCCUCCGCCGAAGAAACGGGGUAGACCCAAAUCCAAAAUGCCAACACUGGAUGCACCUACACGUGGUCGUUUGCCACUCAAAGUAACACCUCCUAAAGUAUACUCCAUGUCCAAAGAGGAGCAGGAUCCCCCCGUUUUGCAUCCAGAAGUGGAUCUGAAUCUUCCUAAACCAAUGCCACGUAAGAGAGGAAGGCCAAAACGCUUGCCUCCAACCCUGCCACAGGAGACCCAGCCUCCAACACUUGCUCCAGAGUCAGGGGAUACUGUGGCAGGGGACAAGGGCUUUCACAACAAGGGCAAUGGGCAGCUCAUAAUGAAGACGAUUAUAGGCAAGAUCAACAAGAUGAAGACUGUAAAGCGGAAGAGGUUUCUCAGCCAGAUUCUUAUGGGGUCGAGAUCAGGACCUGAGCCGGAAGUCACUAAAAGUUCAAGCAUGUCAGGAACAGUAACUCCUGCUUCACAGUCGCUCUCAACCCUUGCUGCAACAUUUGGUGGCAAACUUGGGCCUCAGAUUAAUGUCAGCAAAAAAGGGACAAUAUACAUGGGAAAAAGAAGGGGCCGCAAGCCAAAAACACUAGCCAAUAGUUCACCUGGUGCCCCUACUCCACCCCCUGAACCUUUUUUGACCCCGACCACCUCGUCCCCUCAACACUCGCAUCAGACUUUAGCGUCACAAAACCAGCAAAACCAGAUUCCCUCCUCUGACAUUUUCCCCUCCCCUUCACUUUCCCAGUCCAGUGGGGGGCAAAGCCCUAUCAGUGAUGCUAGUUUUGUGGAGUCCGGGUCAGUCCGCACACACUGUAGCCACCAUUCAUUUCCUUUCACCCCACCAACUUUUUCAGCACCCUCCCCACGGUCUUUAGGUGGUUCUACAUUUUCACACUCCUCUCAGAAGAAGCCUUCUUGCAGAGGUCACCACCAUCACCACCACCACUAUCGACAACAUUACCAUUGUCGUAAACUUUCACCUCCCAGGCCUCUAUUGCCUACGUCCCCUGCUCCUCUUAGUGAGCUGAAGGAAGCCACACCUUCUCCGGUCAGUGAGUCGCACAGUGAGGAGACUGUUCCAAGUGACAGUGGCAUCGGAACAGACAACAACAGUAUAUCAGAUCGUGGGGAGAAAGCUGGUAGUGCGAGUGGCUUAGCUGGGCUAGCUGUCUCCCAGAAUAUGACUAAUGGGCUACUAAUGCCUGGAAUGAUAGGGUCAUCUGUGGGUAUCGGGGUAGGGCAUAACUCUAGAGGCAGUAGAAGACAUUCUACUGUAUUACUUGAUUGUCCUUCACCUACACCAUCUCCACUUGGGGAGAGGUCUUCAACUGAUCCACGGCGCCCACACCCAUUAGCUUCUGCUUCAGCGCUAGUGGGCCACAAAGAAAAGCAUAAACAUAAGUGCAAACGACGUGGGCAUGGAUGCCCUGGCUAUGAUAAGUUGAAAAGGCAGAAGCGCAAACGCAAGAAGAAGUACCUGCAGUUGCGUUCACGGAGACAGGAUCCUGACUUCCUGGCUGAGCUUGAUGAGAUAUGUGUGCGGCUUUGCGGAAUACGAAUUUCACACCGCACACCUGCUCUUCGAUUGGGAAGUAGCCUGGGUCUUGGUGCAGGAACAGCGGCCACAGGUCAUGGGCCUGGUUUGGGUACUACCAGAGGAGGCAGUAUUGUGAGUGGCACAAACCCCACACCUCAUCAUUACCUGCAUAGAGACCUUCUACCCACAAUUUUCAGGAUCAACUUUAGUGGGUACUACUCUCCUCACCCGGCCUAUCCAUGCGAUUCCCUGCACUAUGUCCGUAAGCCCGAUCUCAAGAAAAAGCGUGGAAGGCCUCCCAAGCUUCGAGAGUCGAUGUCAGAGGUGCCUUUCGUUCCUGGCCUAGGAUUCCCCCUUACCAGUGGAGGGUUCUAUCACCCUUCUUAUGGUGUGCCGUACUCCUCAGCCCCUCUUGGACUCGGCUAUUAUCGGGGCUAUCCACCAGCCAGUGCACUGUACCCUCACCCUCACCACCAGGUUCCACAUUCAACCCCAUCUCACCAUGGCCACCAUAGCCCUUCCUUCCCUCCACCUCCUCCUCCUUCAUAUGUGCAUCAUCAUCAUCACCCUCCACACCUGCUUCUUAACCCUUCCAAGUUUCACAAGAAAAAACAUAAGCUUUUACGACAAGAGUAUCUCAGUGGAGGGCGUUCAGCAGUGUUGUACCCUCCUAUGUCUUCUGAGCUGUCAUUUAGCUGGCACCAUAAACAUAAACACAGACAUAAACAUCGUGAUCGCUGUGGAGAGGUAGAGGGCGAUGAUGGUGGAGAUGUCGGUGGUGCUGGUGGUGGUGGUGUAGGGAGAAGUGGAGGUGAAGGCAUGGGAGUUGGAAGAGGGGAGCGGGCAAGAAGAGGGGGAAGCAUGGAAUCACUCAAGCAUUGUGGCUAUGGUCCGGAUGGCUCAGCUGACUCCAGUGCCAGCAAGCAGGCAGCUGCCACCUCUGGUAACUCCCCUUCUUCUUCCUCAUCAUCAUCAGCAGAAAGGUACAAGCAGAAAGAACCUUCUAUGUCAUGUCUGGUGCCUUCAAGACUAUCCUUGGGCCAAGGAAGCAGGGCGCACCAUCCUCCGGACUCAUGGUUCAGGAAGAGCAGCUACGAUGCUGAUUACUCCAAACUCUCCCAUAAUCAGACCCUUGGGCAGGGGGCAUUCUCUGAUGGGCACGGGCAUAACUCAAUGGGUUGCUCAGACAGUGACGAUGAAGAUCCCACUUCACCAAAUGAGGAACAGGACUCGGGAUCCCAGCACACCAACCUUUUUGCUUCAGCCCUCACUCGGACAUCUCUUAGAUGUAAUCAGGGAAGGAAAGGCGGGAGCUUAGAAGGCUCAAGUCUGGCGCGUUUGGACAGAUCACUGAGGAAAGAUCUCGCUACAUCAGCUGAGAGGAGAGAGUCAGGAAUCUGUGGUAUACAGACUCGAUACGGUCAAUUCAGUGCCCCUGAUUUUUCCGAGUCUCCUCCGCACCGACAUCACCACCAUACUCCUCUAUCUGUCUCCCACUCUACCUCCUGUGUCUCAGUCUGUGGCCUGGAGCAGCCAGGGGGAAGUCCAUCCUCGCGCUCUUUACAGUCUGCGUGCUGCGUGAACUCCUCCCCCUCGCGUCCUUUGCAAUGUUCAGCCCCGCCUCCCCCCAAAACCAACUUGCAUCAUGUCAACAAGAUUCUCCGGGCCAAGAAGCUGCAGAGGCAGGCACGCACAGGAAACAACAUGGUUAAGAAAAGGGGACCGGGACGACCCCGCAAGAAUCCCCUCCCCUCGCCGUCAGCGUUGCCCCCGGCAUCGCCGCCGAUCGCGGAGCCCGAACCGGAGAGGCUUAGCAUAGAAUGGGAGGAAGAUACAGUUACAGAUGCCAUCGAGUCUGUUAUACAGAGGCAAAAACGCAAGGGACGGAAAAGGAAGCACUGGGAUAGAGACAGGGAUGAAAAUGGAGAGGACGAGGAUGAGACGGUGCAUGAAAGGGAGGAUGAAGAAGAGCAAGAAGCAAGGCCUGAGGCCACAGAAGAGGAGACGGUGACACAGGGACUCCCCGCGAAAGCUUGGCUUGCACAUGAGGAGAUGCAAAGCUUUCAAAGUGCUGUGGAAGGGAAAUCUGAUGGCCACUCCUCCCCUGAACGCACAGGUCCACCCCCAAUGGUACAAGCUCCGCCUACAACAGUGAUUACUCCACGAGAGAAAAAACCUGCUAGGCCACCCAAGAAGAAAUUUCAGAAGGCUGGCCUAUAUUCUGAUGUAUACAAGACAGACGAUCCUCGUGGGCAGCUGCUCCAGCUAAAGAAGGAGAAGUUGGAGUAUAUUCCAGGUGAACAUGAGUAUGGUUUGCUUCCCGCUCCCAUUCAUGUCGGGAAGUAUUUGAGACAGAAGCGCAUAGACUUCCAGUUGCCUUAUGACAUCCUGUGGCUUUGGAAACAUGACCAGCUGUAUAAGAGACCCGAUGUCCCACUCUACAAGAAAAUAAGAUCUAAUGUGUAUGUGGAUGUAAAGCCGCUCUCAGGCUACGAAGCCACUACCUGUAACUGCAGGUUCUCUCAUGAUAACAGUUCUAAGGGCUGUUUGGACGACUGCCUUAACAGAAUGAUUUUUGCGGAGUGCUCCCCCAGCACGUGUCCUUGCGGAGAGCAAUGCGAUAAUCAACGAAUCCAGAGGCACGAGUGGGUUCAGUGUCUGGAGCGUUUCAGGACAGAAGAAAAGGGCUGGGGCAUCCGCAUUAAAGAGCCACUGCGUGCUGGCCAGUUCAUCAUCGAGUACCUUGGAGAGGUGGUCAGCGAGCAGGAGUUCAGGAGUCGAAUGAUGGAGCAGUACUUCUCUCACAGCGGUCAGUACUGUUUAAAUCUGGACAGCGGUAUGGUGAUCGACAGCUACCGCAUGGGCAACGAGGCGCGCUUCAUCAACCACAGCUGCGAGCCCAACUGUGAGAUGCAGAAAUGGUCUGUCAAUGGAGUGUACAGGAUCGGCCUGUUUGCCCUGAAAGACAUGGACAGUGGGAGCGAGCUCACAUACGACUACAAUUUUCACUCCUUUAACACUGAAGAGCAGCAAGCGUGUAAGUGUGGCUCAGAAGGUUGCCGUGGCAUCAUUGGCGGAAAGAGUCAGCGAAUCAACGGGCUGCCUGGCAAAGCGGGAGGCUCAGGAGGCGGGGCGAGGAGGCUCGGGAGGCUGAAAGAGAAGCGCAAAUCGAAGCACCAUCUCAAAAAACGGGAGGAGGAGUCCAGCGACAGCAGCAAGUUUUUCCAGCACCUCCUGAUGAAGCCGAUGUCGAACAGAGAGAGGAACUUUGUCCUGAAGCACCGAGUGUUCCUGGUGCGCAACUGGGAGAAGAUGAGGGACAAGCGGGAGUUGUCCAAGAGAGAGGGAGAGAGGGAGCGGGAUAAGGAGAGCAGCCUGUCACAGUAUGCCCGGUGGGGAGGGGUCAUUCGUGAUGAUGGCAACAUCAAAUCAGACGUGUUCCUAACGCAGUUCUCAGCACUGCAGACCUCCCGUUCGGUACGCACACGUAGACUGGCUGCGGCUGAGGAAAACACAGAAGUCACUCGCACAGCUCGUCUCGCACACAUCUUCAAAGAGAUUUGUGACAUGAUCACCAGCUACAAGGAUUCCUCGGGCCAGACUCUUGCAGCUCCUUUGCUUAACUUACCUUCUAAAAAGAGGAACAUGCAGUACUAUGAGAAGGUGUCAGAUCCUCUGGACCUCAGUACUAUCGAAAAGCAGAUCCUCACCGGACAUUACAAAACAGUGGAGGCCUUUGACACAGACAUGCUCAAGGUCUUCCGCAACGCUGAGAAAUACUACGGCCGUAAGUCUGAGGUGGGCCGGGACGUGUGCCGGCUGCGCAAGGCGUACUACGGCGCGCGGCACGAGGCGGCGGUGCAGAUCGACGAGAUCGUCGGCGAGACGGCUAGCGAGGCGGACAGCUCCGAUUCCAUGGACCGCGAGCACGCAAACCACGCCAACAAAGACGACGACAUCAUCCGCUGCAUCUGUGGCAUGUACAAGGACGAGGGCCUGAUGAUCCAGUGCGAGAAAUGCAUGGUCUGGCAGCACUGUGACUGCAUGCGUUUGGAAGCCGAGGUGGAACAUUAUCUUUGCGAGCAGUGUGACCCUCGUCCAGUGGACAGAGAAGUUCCGAUGGUGCCUCAGCCCAGUUACGCGCAGUCAGGUUCCAUCUAUUAUAUCUGCCUUCUCCGGGACGAGCUGCUGCUUCACCAGGGUGACUGUGUGUACCUGAUGAGGGACAGCAGGCGCACACAAGAAGGCCAGCCACUGCGCCAAUCGUAUCGCCUCUUGUCUCACGUCAACCGAGACAAAUUGGACAUCUUCCGCAUUGAGAAACUUUGGAAAAAUGAAACGGGCGAGCGGUUUGCUUUCGGGCAUCAUUAUUUCCGACCUCACGAGACCCACCACUCGCCUUCGCGCCGCUUUUACCACAACGAGCUGUUCCGGGUGCCUCUGUACGAGAUCAUCCCUCUAGAAGCAGUGGUGGGGACGUGCUGCGUCCUGGAUCUUUACACUUACUGCAAGGGUCGGCCGAAAGGCGUGAAGGAGCAGGACGUGUACAUCUGCGACUACCGGUUGGACAAAUCGGCUCAUCUUUUUUACAAAAUCCACCGCAACCGCUACCCGGUGUGCACCAAGUCCUACGCCUUUAACCAUUUCCCCAAGCGGCUCACACCCAAAAGGGACUUUUCACCUCACCACGUCCCCGACAACUACAAGAGAAACGGCGGGCGUUCAGCCUGGAAGAGCGAACGCUCCAAAGGGGUCGGACCUUGCGACGAAGACCCCUCCCCCGGCGGAUCAUUAGACCAGCCGUCCUUCUCACGAGAUGCAGAAGGAAGAGGAGCAGGAAGCCACCCGGUCUGCAACCACGAGGAGUCCAUCACCACCGCGCUCUCGGUACUAGCACCGUCGCAGGAGCAGAGAAGGCCCGGCGAGGAUGAAGACGAGGAGGAGGACGAAGAGUUAGGCGAGGAAGAGGAGAGGAGGGAAGCGGAGGAAAGCUCGAUGGAGAAAGCAGUAGCCGAGGCGUCCCCGAUCCCCUCUUCGCCGCUGCAUCUGUCCGUUUUGGGACGGAGGGAAGCGCAGAGGGAUCGCCUCAACAAGAUCCUGCUCGACCUCCUGCACCGGAACCCGAGCAAAAACGUUAUAGACGUCACUUAUCUCCUCGAGGAGGGCUCCGGGCGCCGCCUGCGCAGACGCACGCUCGGGCUGAGCGACUUCGUGAGCAGGAAGUGACGCCCUCACUGCAAGUGACACAAUUAAAACGAAUAAAUAAAAAAGACAGAAUAUGCAGGAACAGCAAAACAAGGAUGAAGGUAUGAGAAAACAAAGACUCUCCUUUCAAAAAAAUCCUCCAACAUCCAUUUUUGCUCUAUUUUUCCUAAAAACUGGUGUAUAUGCACAGGACAAUGAGAGCGAGUUUUUUUUCCGUCAGCAACGAGAGAAUUAUUGCUCAUAAGCGUUAAGUAUGUUGCUAUCGACAUAUGAACAUAGGAAUAUGUACUAUUUAAGGCUAUCACGUGUCGCGUCACGUGUCGCGUCACGGCCGCUCGUUUUUUCCGUUUCUAAGACAACAGAGUUCAAUGUAUUUUCAAGGUGGUACUACAGACAGAACGAAUGAGGAACCCGGACCCGGGGUGGGGUGGAGGGGUGGGGAAGGCGGACGGGGUCGGAGAUGCAGUUUUGACAUGGGAGAAAACCCGAACCCCGGCUCCUCUUAGUGGAUAGAAACCCGUAUUUACUGAGACGCGAGAAGAGGAGCAGCACAGGAGGCGCAGUGUAGCGCACAUACGCACCGCCUCGCCCACUGAAAGAGGGCAAGCGCAAAAAGGAGGGAAGAAGAAGAGCUAACUGCACUUUUUUUCUAACACGGACGUCAUUUGCUCCCGGUGGUGUACACUAACGCGCGUCACAGUAUCGCUGUGCGGCAAAGACGGUUUAAAAAAGGAACGAAACAAACAAAAAAACAUCAUUGAGUACAUAUGUUUUGUUUUUUUUAUUCAUUGGUUUGUUUGUUUGUUGCUCCGUCAUACUGUAUUUGCGUUCGGAUCAGGAUGGACGGGGAGGGUUUUUCUUGUGUAAGCUUUGAGUUGGGGGUGUGGGGUUUGGAGACGG